UAAGUCAAUAAAUGUCAUUUAUUGUUAUAAAUAAGACAUCGCUUUGAGAAUCAUCGAGUUUGCCGAAAGUUUUUCAAGUUGUAUAGGCCACUUUAUUGACAUUUUGGACUUAAUGUUAUGUUGAAUUUUCCCUGUUGCUAACCACGUUAAUAACAAUAAAUGUGUAUUGAAAAAGUUGAAUAACUUUAGCUUGAAUUUCAAAAAAACAUUAACAGUUUGAAAUUGUAUAAUGAAAAUAUUGAAAAAGUCUAUGAUUUAGACAUUAAAGUGGCCCAAUUUCAAGCGAGCUAAAUAAGUGAAAGGUGAUUUAAAGCAAUGACGGAACAGCAACGUGAGAUUAGCGAAGACGAAAUAGCAGAAUACAAAGAGGCAUUUUGUCUGUUUGACAAAGAUGGUGACGGGACAAUAUCCACGGAUGAGCUUGGUACCGUGAUGAGAUCUAUGGGUCAGAAUCCAACAGAGGGUGAAUUAAAAGAAAUGAUUGAGGAGGUGGACGCCGAUGGUAGCGGUUCAAUAGAUUUUGAUGAAUUUGUUAAAUUGAUGUCUUCAAAAAUGGCGAGUUCUGAUCAAGAACAAGACAUGAAAGACGCAUUUAAAGUAUUUGAUAAAGAUGGCAAUGGUUAUAUUACGGCAGCAGAGUUAAGAUUCGUGAUGACAAAUCUCGGUGAGAAAAUGACAGACGAGGAGGUAGACGAGAUGGUUAGAGAAGCAGACAAGGAUGGUGACGGGCAAAUAGAUUAUGAUGAAUUUGUUGCAAUGAUGAUGUCCAAGUGAUUACAAAUCUUCCUUUAUAUUCAUACGGGUGACGUCAUACAUGUAGAACCGUAGUACUGAUUCUACAAGUGUAUGCCUGCAUUCAUUAUCGUUUGAACUCUGUUAUUUAGAUUUAGUAUUUAAAAUCUUACGUUUAUUCUCAUGCUCUCUUCCAUAAAUUAAUGAUGUUGGAUACAUACUUUUAAAAUUUUUGAUUCAAAACAGUGGAAUUAUUCAUCAAUUUUUCAUAUUAAUAACUUCUUUGUUAAGUUGUUUUUAUUAUUUACCUUAUAACAGUUGGCCGUCAACACAAUUAAUGUAUGUUCUCAGACAGUAUGAUUUGUUUAAUGUAUAUAAGUAAACGUUUUAUGUAUUCAUAUGCAAUGUUUAUAUACAAUCUAUUUUGUAUGUUAAAUAUCGAGAAAAAAGAAUGUUCUUGUUAUAUGUAUGUCAACUUAAAUA